ACCCUUUUUUGCAUGUUUUGUCUUCCAGCCCACGGCAGGGCCUGUUUUCCUAAGCAAGAUCCCGAGCGGGGUGGCAGUCACAUGAUCUCGACUGAUGACUUGGAGUAUCCACGGGAAUAUCGGACACUUGGGAACACAGCUCGCCGCUUCUCCAAUGUCGGCCUGGUGCACACGUCAGAGCACCGCCAUGGCGUCAGCGCUGCACAGAGCCUGGAGGCCCUGACAAACCUGCACAAGGCUGACAUGGAACGCAAGAGGGAUGCCUUCAUGGAUCACCUGAAGAGCAAGUACCAGCAGCAGCAACAGCUGCAGCAUCCGCACCACAGCCCACACCACAACCCCCCUUCACCCUCUCCCUCCCACGCCAGCAUGAGGAGUUCAUCAGAGCGAGCUGCGCGGGAACAGCAACAGCCAAACUACUGGAGCUUUAAGAGCCGCAGUCCACGGCAUUCCCAGUCUACCCAGUCUGGGCUUGCGGACCAGGCCGCCAAGCUCUCCUUCGCCUCCGCUGAAUCCCUGGAGACCAUGUCGGAAGCCGACAUCCCCAUUGGAUUCAACCGGAUGAACCGAUUUCGCCAGAGCCUGCCACUGUCCCGCUCCGCCAGCCAGAAUAAGCUACGAUCUCCAGGUGUGCUGUUCCUCCAGUAUGGAGAUGAGACACGUCGAGUGCACAUCACCCACGAGCUGAGCAGCCUGGACACGCUGCACGCUCUCAUCGUGCACAUGUUCCCUCAGAAGCUAACAGCAGGUAUGCUGAAGUCGCCCAACACGGCCAUUUUAAUCAAAGAUGAGGCGCGCAACGUUUUCUACGAGCUCGAGGACGUCCGGGACAUCCAGGACCGAAGCAUCAUCAAGAUAUACCGCAAAGAGCCGAUCUACGCUUCCUACCCUGCUGCUCCACACCUGGCUAAUGGAGACCUGAGGAGGGAUAUGGUGUACUCCUCCCGUGACUCCUCCCCUACUCGCCGCCUCAACACUCUCCCGUCCUCGUCAGGCUCAGCAUCCUCUGGCUCCCCGUCCCGCUCACGUCUCUCCUACAGCGGGGGCCGUCCUCCAUCCUUGGCCGGGUCUCAUUCUCAGCAUGAACAGCAGCGACAUCCCCAUCAUCCCCCCGCUGGACAUAGUGCCAAUGUUGGCCUGUCUCCCUCACCCAGCGCCAUCCUAGAGCGCCGCGAUGUCAAGCCUGAUGAAGAAGUUUCUGCAAAAAACAUGGCCCUGAUGAAGAACGAGGGACUGUAUGCUGAUCCCUACAGCCUGAUGCACGAGGGCCGCCUCAGCAUCGCCUCUACCCAGUCGCUAGCCGCACUUGGAGACCCUUUUAGCUUCCCUGUUUCCAGUGGCCUGUACCGCCGUGGCUCUGUGCGCUCACUGAGCACCUACUCGGCUGCAGCUCUUCAAGGGGACCUGGAGGACUCCCUCUACAAACCUGGAGGUUCGCUUUACUCCGACACGUACUCCUCAGCCACACUGGGCAUGGGUUUCCGCAUGCCUCCCUCAUCCCCGCAGAAAAUCCCUGACAUGCAGCUGAGGGACAGGGACUCAUACUCCAGCUCACCUAGCAGAGCUUCACCGGUCAGGCAGUCCUUCCGCAAGGACUCCGCCUCCUCCUCCGUGUUUGUGGAGAGCCCAAAGUCAAGGCCCAGCUCUGGUUCCGAACCGCUAUGUCUUACAGCCGGACCUGGGGAGGGUGGAAGGGCUACGCCUGGCUUUGGCUCCUCGAUGUCUGGACAAGACUCUGACAGCAGCAGGGAUCAACGUCUGGAGCGUAUGGAGGCAAUGGAGAAGCAGAUAGCCAGCCUUACUGGUCUCGUCCAGAGUGUGCUGACCAGGGCACCAGACAGUGACAGCACAUGCGGCCUGCUGCGUCUCUGCAUGAUGGCCGGCUGCCCACCGGACCAAGGGACGGAGUUCUCACGGCCAUUACCUUUCUCUUCCAGCGAGAAGACCGAAACCAACAGCGACGGCUCGGCCACUGGACCUGGACGGCUGAAGAAGAAAGCUCAUACACCAUCAGCUCCGCUAGCACUGAUGCCACCACCACCUACUAACAGCGUCAGCCGCUUUCAGAUGCAACUCCACCUGCAAGGCCUGCAGCAAAACGCCACUGAUCUGCGCAAACAGCUCACGCAGCUAAGGAAGACACAGCUGGAGAACCAGGAUUCAGUUCGAACUCUGCUGAAACGGACAGAGGCAGAGCUGAACGUGCGCGUGGCUGACGCCCUGAGGAAGCAGGAGGAUCCUCUGCAGAGACAGCGCCUCCUGGUGGAGGAGGAGAGACUCAAGUAUCUGAACGAGGAGGAGCUCAUCAUCCAGCAGCUCCACGACCUGGAGAAGUCGGUGGAGGAGAUCCAGAAGGAGUCGUCUGUCAACCACAAGCUGGUGACGGUGCAGGAGCUGGAGGAGAAGUCGGCUCUUCUGAGAAAGCUGGGAGAAACACUCACAGAGCUGAAAAAUCAGUUCCCAGGCCUGCAGAGUAAGAUGCGGGUGGUGCUCAGAGUGGAGGUGGAGGCCGUCAAAUUCCUGAAAGAAGAGCCACACAGGCUCGACGCCCUUUUGAAACGAUGCAAGACUAUAACGGACACCCUGGCCACCAUGCGCAAACAGGCAAAUGAGGGGGUGUGGAAGAAGCAGGAGGACUUUUCUAAUCCUUCAUCAAAGCACAACGAUGACUUGCGAAAGUUUUCAGACUUUGACAUCCCCACCAGCUCUCCGCUCACCAUCAGUGACCUUGGAGGCAACAGCCUGUCCAACUGGAGCCCCCACUCAAGCCUCAGCCGUGGCCAUGGGAACCCGUCUGGCCCUCACAAGGACAAUCAUCCUCCUGUUCCCCACAAGGGCAAAGCCCUGGAGGAGCUGGAACGCCGCGCUGCUGCUGACAAAGCUUUAUCCGUGGAAGUCCGACUGGCAGCUGAGCGGGACUGGGAAGAGAAGCGUGCCAGUCUGACCCAGUACAGUGCCCAAGACAUUAACCGGUUGCUGGAGGAGACGCAGGCUGAGCUAAUGAAAGCUAUUCCAGACUUAGAGUUUGCUGCCAAGCAGAUCAAGCCUUCCUCCAACACGCCAACCUCCCAGAACCCCCAGUCUGGGGCAGGAACCCCAGAGCACCGCGUCAGCAAGCCCCAGCACAAGCUUUCUGGGAAAGAGGGACUAUACAGGCGUGGCUCUGACGAGCUGACAGUACCACGGUAUCGCACAGAGAAACCCUCCAAGUCGCCUCCCCCUCCACCACCUAGACGCAGUUUCCCCUCCUCUCCAUGCGUUACCAGCCGCAGUGGAGAGACCCUCAUUCCUGGCAAAAGUAUAAAAAAGUCCGAAUCUGAAGAGAAUGAAAUCCAGAAGCCUCAUGUGAAAUUGAGGAGGGCUGUUUCUGAGAACCCUCGUCCUGCAUCUACACCCCCCACACUCGCCUCUGGGGACAAGGAGGAUCGUGAGGAGGAUAAAAUUGCCGCUGAAUUGGAGGAAAGGCGCUUGUCUCCUGUGCCCUUCAUCGUGCUGACAGAGUGUUUGCCUGCGUCUCCCGCUGCCUCAGAGGAGCCUGUCAGAGAUGAAGCAAAUGACCUUGUACGCGAGAGUCCAUCACAGGAUCUGACUGGUCAUUACACCAUCUACCAGACUCAAAUAACCAAAGAAAGGGAUUCAUUUGUAAGCUCUCACCGAGCGGAGCGAGAGCAGUGUCGCGUUAAAGAGGAUAAGGACUUAAAACGGGAAGUUUCUCUGUUGUUGACCGAGCUGCAGGUGAGGGUGGUGUCUCCCUCAGAGGUCCAGGAGCUCUGCAGGACUACGGGUGAAACUCUGCAGACUCUGACAAUCUCCCCACAGACGAGGGACGUCUCUGAGGUUCAGCUGAGUGUCCGGCCUCUCCUUGUGCUUCUCACAGAGGGAAAAACAGUCAGGGAGGCCUACAGGCUGCUGUAUUCUCUUUUAGAGUCAUCUAAGCCGGUGCCCAAACCCAGAAUAAAAUCCUCCCUCCACUCAAGCCAGCAGAGCUCCUUGACGCAGGCUCUGAAGAGAGGGAUAGAGACGGGGGAAAGGGUGCUUACAAUUCAGCACACCACUGAAACUAAGGGAAUUCCUGGAGUCCAGCUAAAGUCAUUGAACACUAGUCUUAAGACCACUCGAUCAGACAGCUCAGCGGACACUCUGUCCAACCAGGGCCAGAGGAAAACAAGAGAAGAUGUCCAAAGCAGCACCUACAGGAGGCUGGACAGCUUGGAGGAGACUAUCCGUGAGCUGGAGAACACUUUGAUUGAGAUAGGCGGCCACCCGACACCAGAGCAUCUCUACGCGGAGACAACCACCCGAAGCACCCAUAUACAGAUGACAGACAGUGUGACCUCAGGGACCAGGAGGCCACCUGUCCCGCGCAAGCCGUCCUCCCUGAGCCCAGCACCAAUCCAGGGAGGGAACAGUUCUGGUGGUGGGGAUGUUCAACUCUCCUCUGCUGCCUCCAAACUGAAGCACCUGCAGCAGAACAGCACAGAUAAGACCAAAAGCAGCAAAAGAGACGACUUCAUGAAGAUCCAGGGCCAGCAGCAGCAGUGAGCGACCUGUGCGUGUCCAGCCUCUUCAACUUCCUCCUCCUCCUCCUCCUCCUCCUCCUCCUCCUCCUCCUGUUAACCCAAAUGGAGAGCUACACACAUCCAUCUGCCCCUUUUACUUUGCCCCUCCAAAAUCUACACUGAACCCCAGUCUGUGUGUGUUAGUGGAAGAGUGUGAGCUUGUGUGUGCGUGUGUGUGUGUGUGUGUGUGUGUGUGUGCAAGCAUGCAUGCACGGGCAUGUUUGACUGUAAUGGGAAGGGAAGGAGCUGCAGGGGACAGUGCCCAGUCAAUUUUCAGACUUUAACUCUCAUGAUUUCCCCUUUGAUCCCUGAAACCUCCCCUCCCCUUCCCUGUUUCUUUUGGCCCUGCUCUCCCUGAAGGCCUUGGGGACCAACAGCACCAGCGGCAGUAUGGA